UCCGACACUGUGAAGGAGAAGAAUUUAGAUGAGUUUGAUUUGUUGUGUUGUUUUGUUUUGUUGUGUUUUGUUUUAUUGCUUUUCGUUUGAUUAUUCAGGACAAUUUACACUUUGUGUAUUUUAACAAACUCCUCCGAGAGAUUUUACCAGAGCAACUUCAAAUCAGUUUCACGAGGAGCUUCCAGGAUUUUCACAAGCUGUUUUCGAGAGGCGCUGGAUUAAUAAUGGAGGUCACAGGAAGCAGCUACAAAGGACCAAUCAAAAAUGGCAGGAUGGAAGGAGAAGGAGAAUACCUCUUCCCGACAGGGACCAGGUAUGAGGGAAGGACGAAUGAUGGAGUGUUCCAGGGUGAAGGAGUGCUGUACUUUCCAAAUGGAAGCAAAUAUGAGGCCACUUGGGAGAACGGCAAAGCUAUACAGGGAUCUUUUACCUUUGCCGAUGGUCUGCAGUUUGAGGAGCAGGACUGGGAUUACUGCGAUGGUCACGACAGACGCUUCUACUCUGAGAGAUGUAAUGGACUAAGACCUGCAGGAGAAUCUCAGCUCACUGAUCUGCAUCCUCCGCGUGUGAUCCCGGAUCUGGGCUACGACUGUGGGGAUGGUUUCUACGAUCCCACCACGAGAGUCGUCACUUCCUACACAGGCAGAUUCCUCAGGAACGCAGAUGACUCGGAACACGAGUGGAUUGUGAGCACUUGUCGGAAAGCUGGAGACGAAGACGUUGGCGAUGAUCCUGAAAAAUCGGCUGCAACCGGACCUGAAGAGACCAGCGAAAUAAAAUGAUUACUUUUUCAACUGUACUGCACGUCAACGUUUCCUUUUACCGUUUAUUUAAAAAACUAUUUGUGUGUGUGUGUGUGUGUGUGUGUGUGUGUGUGUGUUUCUUUGUGUGUGUGUGUGUGUGUGUGUGAGUGUGAGUGUGUGUGUGUUUUAUUGGUGUGUAAAGAGGGAAGACUGAGAACUUAAGAUUGAAACAGUAUGUCAUGUUUUUAUAGUUGAAUAAAAUAUACUUUAAUUUAAA